AUGGAGUGCAACGUGUCUACAAAUUCUAACGUGUCUAGAAACUACACAGAGGAGGAAAGAACGUGUUAUCUAGCACAUCUCCAACUCAACUCCACCUACACCAUGAUACCCGCCAUUAUUUUUCUGGGUGUCCUCUGCUUCGUUGGAAUCAUCGGUAAUUCCAUCGUCCUCUUUGUUUACUCACAGAGGUUCAGGAGUACAGCCUCUGGUACCUUCAUCAUGGCGAUAGCUGUCUUUGACUUGUUGACUAACAUAAUUCUCAUUCCAGGAGACAUACACGCCAUGUUUCACCAUUGGGACUUUGUCAUGGUAUACCCAUGCAAGCUACGUCUUUAUGGACAUGCAGUGACCCAUGGUGCAUCGUCUUUUUUCUUGGUGGCCUUGGCAGUGACCAGGUACAGAAAAAUUUGCAAGCCUUUUAGUAGUCAAGUGAGCGUAAAACAAGCGAGACUUUCUUGUAUUGGGCUCUGGAUUUUAGCAAUGCCUCCGACUAGAAGCCCCGAUGGCAUGACAAUUAAUCAAAGCUCAACUAGAAACAAGGCGCUCUCUAGAAGCUGUGACUAUGUUGAUCGUGUUCCUUCUGCAGAUAAAUCCUCAUGGGCGCAAAUGAACUACCCAUCCAUAUUAAAGAACCAAAACAUAUACAGAAAAAUACAGGACUCUAGUCUUCAACAACGUUCCCAACUUGAUAGUGAAUUUGCUCUCAAGUUCAGAAUGCUACCUGUGUUGGCUUUUGUGGCCAUGAACACACGAGUUAUGCCUUUAAAAAAUUAUCGGAAAUUUUCCCCCUUGAAGCAAUGCCGCUUGCAGACUGUUUCAAGGACUACUAUAUUGGCAGACCACAACGUAGACGUCGGAGACAACCUAUUUCCAGUUGAUAUGUGGAACAUGCAGACACGUGUUGAAGACCAUAUGCCAAAAUUAAACAACUCAUUUGAAGGCUGGCCAUUGUAG